AUGGUAGACCUAGCCAAGCUUAUCUCCUCCCGUAGCGUCACCACCUCCAUCCUCAGCACCCCCCUCAACCUCUCUCGCUUCCGCUCCUCCAUCCUCCGCCACAACGUCUCCACCUCCUCCUCCUCCAUCAACAUUCUCCUCCUCCACUUCCCCACCACCACCGAAAACCUCGACUCCCUCCCUUCCCGAUUCCAAUCAAACACCUUUACCCAGUCCACCACCCUUCUCCAACCCCAAGCCGACGAUCUCAUCCGUCUACACCAACCCGACGCAAUCAUCUCCGACAUCAACCUCCCCUGGACGGCCCAGAUUUCCCGCAAAUACAACAUCCCCCGAAUCACCUUCUCUGCCACAUCUUUCUUCUCUCUCUGCGUCACAGACAGUAUCACCAAAUUCAAGCCAUACGAGUUUGUAACCCAUGACUUUGAGCCCUUCUUGGUCCCGGGUCUACCCCACACAGUUGGUAUUUCGAGGUCUCAGAUGCCGGGUCGGUUCUUCCGCGACAUGGGUCUGCAACAAUUCUUCGCCCAAAUCAUUGAAGCAGAGCGAGACAGCUAUGGAGUUGUGGCCAACACUUUUUGCGCAAUCGAAAGAGAGUAUGUGGAGCACUAUAGGAAGACUAGUGGCAAGAAGGUAUGGCCGAUCGGACCGGUCUCGCUCUGUAACGACAAGGUUUUGGAUAUGGUGGAGAGAGGAAACAAAGCUUCGAUUGACAUGGACCAGUGUCUGACAUGGCUUGACUCGAAAGAACCCAACUCAGUGAUCUACGUUUGCUUUGGUGGCCUCUGUGUUUUUCCGGAGUCACAACUCGUUGAGAUUGGAUUAGGACUUGAAGCUUCGGACUGUAAUUUCAUUUGGGUGAUCAGAGAAGGUUUCCGGGUUGGUCUCGCCAUUGAUGAUCUCGAGGAGAGAGUGAAGGGUCGUGGGAUCAUUAUGAAAGGGUGGGCCCCGCAGAUUUUGAUCCUCAACCACCCGGCGGUGGGUGGGUUUUUGACUCAUUGUGGUUGGAACUCGGUGAUAGAAGCGGUGAGUUUUGGGGUGCCAGUGAUUACGUGGCCGCUUUUUGCCGAGCAGUUUUAUAAUGAGAGAUUUGUGGUGGCUCAUUUGAGAAUUGGUUUUGGGAUCGGUGUCGUUGACACUGGGUUGGAGUGGGGCAGCGAGGAGGAAAGCGGAGUGUUGGUGAAGAGGAACCGGGUCAAGGCGGCUGUGCAGCGCUUGAUGGGUGUCGGUGAAUCGGUGAGAGAGAUGAGGGAGCAGGUGAGUAGACUCAGUGAGUUGGCUCGGUCGGCUGUGAGUGAAGGAGGGUCCUCUAAUGUGAGUUUGGACCUUUUGAUUGUGGAUCUUUUAGCUCAAAGGAAAGAGAGAUUGGCAAAGGGAGAAGAGAUCAAUUAA